GCUGAGGAAAAGAGGACACUGUAUUUUUUCCUUUUCUUUGCUUUGCUUGGCAACCUUCCCUGCCCUGGCCCAUCUCGCCGCCGAGCGCCCCGACGGCCCAACCACGUAGCUCCUUGCCUUCCUACUCGAGCGAGCGCCGCCACCGCCUGCCGAGCGCCCGAGUCCCCUUGCUCCGUCGCUCGUCUUCCUCCUCGUGCGAGCGCCUCCACCGCAGAUAUCUAUCUCCCCUGCAAUUCUCUCGUCCCCGACCGUUUCUCCUCCCAUCACCCCACGAACAGAUCCCGCCCUUUAGCUUCCCGUUGCAUCUCCUUAAUCUUCCCCAAUUCGUAACUGAGGCAAAAAUCUACCUUGCCCUACCGGGUCCUCCGCCCUUGUCCUCAUCUGCGCGAGCGAAGCAACUCGCCGCCGACGAGCUUCGCCGGCCGCCGGGCAUUUACCAUGGCACUCGUGGUGAUGUGUGGGCAGCCAUGCAGCGGCAAGUCAGAGGCUGCGGCUUGUCUCGCUGCAUCUCUCCGCUCUUCCGCCGCUGAUGUCACUGUCCGUGUCAUUGACGAAUCAUCGCUCCAUCUUGGACGCAAUGAUAGCUACAAAGAUAUGGUUGUGGAGAAAAACUUAAGAGGAGUUCUUAGAUCAGAAGUUGAUAGGUCCGUGUCACGGGACAGCAUAAUCAUAGUGGAUUCUCUGAACAAUAUUAAGGGGUACCGGUAUGAGCUGUGGUGUCUUGCACGUGCUUCGGGAAUAAGAUAUUGUGUGUUCUUUUGUGAUACAGAAGUGGACCAUUGUAGGGAAUGGAACGGCAAGCGUCAGGAGAAAGGAGAACCCUCAUAUGAUAGUAAUAUAUUUGAAGAUCUGGUAAGGAGAUUCGAGAGGCCAGAUAGGCGCAGCCGCUGGGACUCCCCCCUUUAUGAGUUAGUUCCAUUUAGAGAUGGAGUAGUGGAAUUGUCUCCUGUUAUUGCUGAGGCUGUAUCAUAUUUGACUAAGAAAUUGGAUUCAAAAACAAGAGAUGUAAAAGUUCUCCAACCAACAAUAGCCACUCAGUCUGUACGGACAACUGAGGCUAAUUCACUCUAUGAGAUGGACAAAGCAACUCAGGAGGUGGUCAGUGCAAUCGUUGAGGCGCAAUCUUGUGGUCUUGGCCUUGCGGUGAAUAAGCUUUCUCUUGGGCCUAACUUGCCAACUAUUAAUCUUCAAAGAUCAGUUGGCCUACCUGAGCUACGAAGCCUCCGGCGCACUUUCAUCAAGCUGGCAGGGCAGUACAGCUUAAGUGGACCACCCCCACCAACAGAUGCUGAUAGUGCGAAGAGGAUGUUUGUAGACUAUUUAAACCGAGAAAUCGGUGCUUGAUGGUUUCUUCAUCUCAUGAGUUAAUCCUGCUGAUGAUGUGCUUCCCAAGGGACAACAUACUCUGAGCAAAAGCACUAGGAGCCCUGCAGUGUUUUCUCCUGCCAUGCUCCUCAUCAGGCUUUUGUGGUGGCUAAAUAGAUAGUUUGCUUCACCCGAACUUCUACACAACUAUUCAGAAAUGUUAGCACACUAUAACUUCCAUAUUGCAACAUGUAAACUACAUAAUUUGGAAGUAUUACUGAAUUGUUUAUGUGACAACAAAUUUGGGAUUUGCUCAGAAUUUGAUCGGCUUGUUUUGUGUUGCA